CGAGAAGCCGCGCUGGCGAGUCCGCUUUCUCGCUGCUGCCGCCGCCGAGACUUCUCGGGUGCUUUCAUCAGUUCCGCCAGGACUGCUACUUAAAGUAGAUGGGGAACAUCUGAAGCUGCCGGCGAUUCAAGUAACUAAAGGCGGUGAACAUAUCCAACACACCUUCCUCCUCUUAUUUUCCCGACAACAGCAACCUUGCAAGUGUUUCCUUUGAAGACCACCAGGAGGCUGCAGUUGGUGCUGAAUGCAACAGCCUGCGUGCUGACAGCCUGAGUGUUGUCACCAGGACCUUUUCCUUUUAAAGUACUUUAUAAUCUCCACAGGCCUCAGUUUUUAACAUGGCAAUAGCUUCUUUGCGUCAUGGAGUGACCAUCGCUGGAGCUAUCCUGCUGGUGACGGGAACACUGUGCUUUGCUUGGUGGAGCGACGGUGAAAUGGGGGCCACUGCGCCCAGCAGUGACCCCAAAGUCACAAUUCAAGGAGAAACGGAACUUAUGACCAGGGCUUCAUCUUCCAGUCCUGUACUCAGAUCAAUCAGCUUCUUCUGUUGUGGAAUUGGUGGGCUGCUUCUUCUGUUUGGACUCCUUUGGUCAGCCAAUGCUGGAAUAAUUUCCCGGCACUACCAGUACCAUUUUUCCAGUGACCUUCAGUACUCCACUGUCGAGCCUCUUGAAAAGCAGACAUGCAGCACCUGGGAGGCCACCAGUAUUCCCACUUACGAGGAGGCUUUGAAUUGUCAACCUGCUAAAAAUGCCUCCAGCGACAUGCAGUCUCAGAUUUCAAAGGAGAUCAGGCUGCCCCUAUAUCAGGUGGUGGAUGAAAAUCACAAAGGGCUGGGCAGCCGAAGACGCAGUUCCUCUGAUGGUGUUUUGUUUCGGAACAUUCCACCCAAGCCAAGCUUAGCGUCACGGGAUGAAGCCAUCAUUGUCUGUGACACUCCACCCCCAAGCUAUGAGAGCAUAGGCUUGUGUGAUGGAUGAUCCAGGGAUCUUUUAUAGCAUUGUGUAGGAAUUUCUGGAUUGUUGUAGAUAUUUGUUUUCUUUAAAUUAAUUCAUUGUGGCACAUUGGGAUAAAUAACUAUUAGUAGUCUCGACAUUGUUUUAUAGUGGGUGAUUAAUGUGCAUCCAGUAAGCCUCGUGGAUGUCCAGAUUCUUUGGAAAUGCAUCCAAAAUAUGUACUAAAUAUAAACACAAUUGAUUUGGAGAGAACUACUUCAAAGAAGCUCCUGAACAGGCCUAGAAGGAAAGUUCACAACAAAUUCAGGUAAUCAGGUUCUAGGUUAACGUUUAUUUGAAAAGUAAAAAUGUUCUUAAUAAAAUGUAUUACCAACUGAUGAACAACUCAGUUUUAUGGGCAUAAUGGAAUACAGCUGGAUAUAACUGGUUUCUGAACAUUUGCAAUAGCAGCAAAAAAAAAAAAAAAAAAACCUGAAUUAGAAGGGGCCAGGAGUUGCACUGGAAAAUUAUAAUCAAAUAAUGAAAUGAUAUUUAAACAAUGAAAAUUCUCUCACACCUCACUCACCAAUUUAUAACAUGUGCUUUCUCAUAUAACCCUCUGAGAUCCUUUACAAGAAGACAUGUUUUUAUUGGCUUUCAUUGUUACAUUCAGUUGCUUGGGACAUGUUUUAUUGAUUUCUACUAUUAAAUCUAAUUGCUUGGAACAAUAUAACUCAGCCACUGUUCCAUGUCCCACUGGUGGUAUACUGGAGAGGCUUAAGGACUUUUCCCCACUGAACUAUUGCUCUCCAUUCAUCUUUGAGCCAAUAUAAAGCUAUAACAGAUCCAUAUUCUACUUUGGACACCUCUAUUCCUAGUUAUCUGACUUCUCUUUCUAGGACAAAUCUAUACAUUUUGAGUUUGCCUUUAGAUAAUGCUGAAGAAGUGGGAAAACACUACAUUAACAUUGAGAUUAAAGCCUGUCUAACUUAUGAACUGAGAAGAAUAUGAAGGUAACAUCAUGGGAAUAUAGUAUAAAAAAGAUGUUGCUUGCAGUUAUGUGCAAGCAGGGGAAAAACUGCAAAUGGGGCAUAAUUUAUUUCAUAACCGGAAAAGACUCCAGGAGAAAGAGAAGGAGGGCAAAAGAGUCACUUUGGCUGAACAUGGAGAACUGAGCAAAUUAACGAUAUCUUUCCUCGAACUGAGAAUUGGAAUUAUCUCAGAGAAGUUAGAAAACAAAAUAAUAUUCUGUGUUAGUUAACAAUCUCUCUCUCUCUUAAUGCACUUCCUGAUGUGUGUUUAAGAGAUGAUUCUUUCACUAAAUCAGCUCAAAUUACCUGUCCGCUAUAAUUGUAGCAAUAAACAUUAUUUUCAACAAUAUUACUGUUUUUGACAUGACCUUAAAACAUACAGUAACUAUAAAAUGGGCUUCUUGUUUCUAACUUGGUGAGAUUCAGGUUCUUUGAUGGAAGGAUUUGUGGAACUUCAUAUAUGAAAGAUGGAAAACUAGGAACCUAAGAAAUCUGAGAUCCAACUCUAGGUUUCAAAUCCAGUGGGACAAAAAUAUCUAUUAAUGUUUCAUUAGUGACUUCAGAGGAAAAAAAUGCUGCACCUGUAUUAGCCAUUCUUAUAAAAUCUUAAGACAGAUCACAUACAAGUGUUGUUGUUUUUUUUUACCGUGACAAUGUCUGAAUUUCAUGGCUUAUAAUGAAAACUAACCUUGUUAAGGUCUCUAGAUAUUUGAAGGAUCCUCAUUACAGUUUAUCCCAUCAUAGGAUCCAGUGGAAUCAUAACUACAAGUAUAACUAACUAGUUUAUAUUUUAUUAUUAUAGCUAUUGCUUUGCAGGUCAGACCUUUGUGUAGUUGUACAUUUUGUAUAUUUUGUAUAGGCUAAUAAAAUAUAACGUGAGACUGCAGUCCAUGGCAAUGUUUGCGAUAAUAAAGUCAUUAGUCCUUAAGAUGCCCCCUAA